UCCUGCACAAGUGGUGCUAGGUACUUGCUGGACUGCAAAUUCCAGCAGGCAUUGUGCAACACCUCUCACAGACAGGCACACACCAGGUGUGCUCCUAGCAGCUAACCCAGCCCUCAGCACUGGAAUUUUUCAAAACCAGAGCGAAAAAUAGGUGCUCUUUCAACAGCGCUGAUGUCCUGAGCCACAGCAUAAUUUGGAUAUAAGAGAAGGCUCUUAGUUUCCAGAAUGGAGGAAAAUGCUUCUAGCAGUGGAACAGCCUCCCUCCAUAACUCAGAGAUUCCACGAAGCAGGUCAGAGGGCACUCUGAUUGAUGUGGAUGACCGGAUACCUUCAGCUACUUACAAUGUCAAUGAAAGCAAAAUGGAUUUGGAUAUUGAGUGGUCUGAUCUGUUCAAACAUACCUAUACUAUUUCCAAGACUAACCCUUUCUGGAAUGAACUGUCAUCCUCCAAUCCUUUUGUAUAUGACAUAGCUGCUUCCAAUAGAAAUGAAAACAAUAAAUACUUUUCUAGUUUGAAAGAAAAGUCCCAUUUGUUCUCUAAAGUUUCUAGUGACAGGGAUUCUUUGGCUUCCUCAGGAGAUGAGCUAAAUAUUGAUUGUCUUCUAAGAAAGAGCUCAACAAGAAGGUCUGGACGAUCCAAGAGUGUUUCUGACUUCUUGGAUAUUAUUGAUAACCGAAGAUUUAAUCCUCAUAAGCCAACGCCUCAAAAAACUACAGUUUCUGACACGACGUGCCCUCAAAUUGACCGUGAAGCCUACAAAAUGGCUUGGUUGAGUCACCGACAACUCACUCGGUCUUGCCUAGAUUUAGAAGCCAUGAGCCAUAGUCCUGGAUGGGCACAGACACAAGCUGCAGACAUUCAUGUAGUCUGUAAACUGAAUCAUGAAGGGGGUUCAGUACAGCUACCUGACUCUGAUAUCAAUGUUCACGUCCCUGUAGGUCAUGUAUUACCUGGAGAAUUCCAAGAAGUUGGUUUAAGGGCUAUCCUUAACCCUCCAUCGUCAUUUAACAAUGAGCUGUCUAGCACUGUAAGUCCUCUGAUAGAACUUACACUGAGCAACCUCAACACGAAGGAAGCUAUUUUCCUAGAGGUGAAAGUUGCAGCUAAAGUGAAGAAUGAUCCUCUCAGUCAAGUUAUGAGUGAUAUUGUCUGUUUUUUUAGUCUCGAUAAAGAAGGGCCUUUUAAGAAGCUAGAGAAUUGCUACACUUAUCAAGAUACUAUACAAGUGAAGCUAUCGGACCUAAGUCACGUGAUGUAUGCAGUGAUUGCAGUACAGGCAAACAAACUCCAGCCUCCAGCCACUAACGUCUGGGACUACAUUCAUAGAACUGUUUCAGUUGGGAUUUAUGGUCCCAAAUAUAUUCAUCCAUCUUUUACAGCAGUUUUUGCAGUAUUUGGUCAUAACUACAUUCCAGGAAAACUUACUAUUUGUGAUAUAAAAAAAGGAGGGAAAAAUAUGCCCCCUGUCGUAUUUCAGCUGUGGGGAAAACAUACAUUUCUGCUUGACAAGCCCCAAGAUCUAAACAUUUCUUUGGUAUCCUGUGAUCCAGAUUUUGAAGUGAAGAUGGAAGAUGAAGGCAAAAAUAUUAAAGAGGAGGAACUGAAAACUGGUGAAAUGGUCCGCCAACAAUUCCUGUUUUCCAUGCUAGGAUGUAGGGAGAUGCAUUUCUUUGUUUUUCUUGUUCAGAUUAAAGUCUCAGAAAGUAGCCAAAUAACACAAUUCCAUGUUACGACCCCUGAUCCAGCUCCAAAAUUAAGUGGAAUUAUCAGUAGGCCACAGCGCUUACAAAAACGCAAAGAAAUCAAGUCUGCACCUUUGCUUUUAAUACCAACAGUUAAAUACCCAAAGUUUCAAGACAAAAUUUUGAAUGUUAAUACUUAUGGAGUAGCUUUGAAAACUGUGCUACGUCAAAAUAAAAUUGACUAUUUGCUGGAAUAUUUUAAAGGAGACACAAUAGCACUUCUUGGUGAAGAUAAAGUAAAAGCCAUUGGACAAGCUAAGAUAAAAGACUGGUAUGUAGGAGUUCUCAGAAGAAAGAUUGGUCUUGUACAUUGUAAAAACAUAAAAGUGAUUUCCAAAGAGCAAGCUAUGGACACAGCUGACAGCGAACUGACAACCAGGAAUCUUGUUGAACAGAUUACAUUGCCAUUUAAAAAACUGACUUAUAUCUACUCAGUAGUUUUAUCUACAGUAUCAGAGAGUGUUUAUGACUGGAGAGCUUUGGCUGAGGUGCUAGGAUAUUCACAUAUAUCUUUGGAUGACUUUAAUGAGGUACAUGGUGAUAAAGAAUCAGACAGAGUUGCGCAUGUUGUAAAAAGGCUAAAGGAAGACUGCCAUGCUAACAAAAAAAAGAGACUAUUCCUUUAUGAGCUCAUUAUUGCACUUUUGAAAAUAGAUUGCCAGGGAUUAGUGGCCCGUCUUACCCAGGACACCGUCAUUUUGACAUCAGCUGUGAAGCUUGGCAGAUACUGGCGGGAGCUCGCAGAGAAGCUAGCCCGACUCACGAAGCAGCAAAUAGAGGCUUAUGAGAUACCCCAUCAAGGGAAAAGUGGAGCAGUGGCUCUGGAGAUGAUGUGGAAACCUGCAUAUGACUUUCUCUACACAUGGGCUGCCCAUUAUGGAGACAGCUACAGGGAUGUCUUACAAGAUCUGCAAUCAGCCUUGGACAAAAUGAAAAAUCCAGUAACAAAACAGUGGCGAGAGUUAACUGGAGCAUUGAUUCUUGUGAACUGCAUGGAAGUUUUAAGGGCAAGUGCUUUCUCCAGAAUGGAGGAAUAAAACUAGACUAUCAAUAUAUAUUUUUUGAAAAUCUAGAAACUGUACUGUUAUCUGUAUUUCAGCAGCGCUUGCAGAGCAGGGCUAAAUACUGCUGGUGUUGAGUCCAGCCCCAUGGUUCUCAGCUAUAGCCACUGAAGAUUGCCAGACCUUGCUCAUAGCUACUGAGGAAGUAAGAAAAGGGUGAGGUCAAAAAUGACUUGAAUACUAUAGGCUUUGUACAGGGAGCUAUUUCUGAUUGCACUUAUUUCUAGUUGGGAAUUAGUUCUAGACACAGAAAGGUGCAUACAUGAGUGCAGCCCAUGGAGCAUAUGUUUACAUUGUUUUCACUGGGGCAUUAAAAUCUAAAUAUUUAAAACAUUUUAAUAGCUGUCCCAAAUCUUCAACUCUGAAAGAAUAUGUACAGGAUAACCUAGAAAAACUAGGAUUCUUUGUCCUAAACUGGGACAAAAUUAAUCUUCUUCCAAAAGAGUAAUUCAACAGUUAUUUACACUUGGAAGCAAAGGCUUGUGCAGUGCAUUCCUUCCAAAACAGCUUUUGGUUCAUUUUAUGGAGUCUUAAAAAGAGACAGGCAAUGUAGUAGUCAAGGUCAGUUGGUUUGUUGAUGUAACUCUAAAAGGGUGGGGUUUUCUUGUGUCUAGAAAUAGAGGAAGCUUUCUUGGUGUACAUUGUCCUCUGAUGAUUUGCAUAUUUUUCCUUUGUUAUUGUUAAUUAGGGAAGACUGGCUUGGUAGAUAUAAGGGCUGUAGACUGUUUAUAACCUCUUCUGUUGAUCAUUCUUUUCUACCUUACUGUAUGAGGAAUAUGAGUGAUGGCUAUAAAUUUAAAGAAAAAAAAAGUUAGCAGUGAGGUGCUUUCUAGAAUUUUUUUACAGCAAUUAAUUUUCAUUAGUCAUGUGCUCUAAAAAGAACCCUACUUAGACAUCAAUAAAAGUCUUGCAAACACUAGGUAGUUUAUUAUAAACACAGAAAAUACAGGCUGAAUAAUAGCUACAGACUAACCAACUUGAUUGCAAUUAUUAUUAUUUUUUUUAAUCAUAAGCUCCUAAAUACAUUUUUAGUUAAGUAGAAGCUUCAAAAUGUUAAGGCCAUUUUAAGCAUCUUUAGCAACAUUCGUUCAGAAACAUGAGCAUAUACUCAUGACAGCUGGGAGAAAAGAAAUCUGGGUUCUGUCAUCACUUGUUCAUAAGACAAAGCCAAAUUCUUUCAGGAGUAUCACAAAGGAGUAUCAUUACAAUUAAUUAAGAAUCUGUGCAUCUGCUGUUUUCUUAGAUGACCUCUACUAACAAGGAAGGUUUUGUGGUUCUAAAACCAAACAGCACAUGUAAACGUUUUUCUUCCCCUCCUCUUUUCUCCAAUCUGCUUUCUUUUAUCGUUUCUUUAAGCUUUCCCGUUGCAUUCAUAGCUCAGAAAAGAGUCUGAGGAAAGUGCUCUUGCUCCAGUAACCGAAAAGUUCGCUCAACAAAAGUCCCUUAAGCAUGAAGGCAUGACUGAAUUAGCAUGCAUGCAAGUCAUUUGGCUUCAGUGGACUUGCUCUUGAUUUGCAAUAGAUUGAGAGAUUCAGCCUACAGAGCAUUAGUUGUAGUUGUUUAUCAAUGAAACCUUGAGAAAAAGAAUAUAGAUUGUUGGAAUUUCCUGUUGUUUGAGUUGUUAGCACCUAUUUCGUACCUCAUCACCUCUAGUUUUAAAAAGAGCUGCAAAGAAAGUAUAAAACACACUCUCUUGUUAAUUUGUCAUUCUGUGCAGAGACCAGCUGUUUUUCCCUGCUUGCAGUUACGAAGCCCCCCAAAGGGGAAAAAGGAUCUAUCAGUUUUGCCGUGCUGCUGGAUAAAAGGUUCUUAUUUAUCGGUAAAAUGCCAAAUUGAAAUAUUAAAAUUAAAAAUCUAAAAAAUGGAAAUCAAAUUAAAAUAAAUUAUUUAAAAUAAUCCUUAAACAUAGGACUGCAUGCCCUGAUUAAAGUUUUUGUACAUUUUCCAGAUUUGGUCUCAAGGCCAGUUCCUUUCAUUGAUGUGAAACAACAGUAAAAUUGUUUCUGCUUAGAACAAGAGUUGAAUUUGGCCUGGUAAAUUUAGUAAAUAUUGACUUAGUGAGUCAGUGUUCUCCUUAGCUUACAACAUUAAGCAACUGGUCUUUCAAGUAUAUUUCUUUAAAAGGAAAUUUAUAUCUGUCUGUAGUUUUUCCGUACCCCACGUUCUGUAUACUGUGGGCUUUGGCUGUUAAUUGUUCUCCCCAUUUCUGUUUUAAGCUUCUGCUCAUAUGAAUGAAAUGUGCACUCGUGCAAUAUUCUGUUUACUUUAGCAUCCCACACUGGAUACAUGAAAUAAUAGGUAUUAAAAUCUCAUAUUUUAUUUAGUGCUCUAGUAUUCAAAACCGCAAAAUGCCAGCUGAGAGUGAAAGCAGCUGCAUGCAGCAGCAGCACGCAUAAAGGAGCACAUGGGUCUGGUAAACACACUGUUCUUGACCUUUUCUCCUUUCUUCCCACUCUGUCAAGAGAAAACAGCUUUCCCAUGAGCCUGCAUACAUACCUUCCUGGGUUUCUGCAAAGCGGGUGAGAUUAAUGGCUCUCUGAGAGGAGACAAGGCAAAAUAAGCCUGGUCCUUGCCUUAAAUGACCCUCUGUUUCCAGUUUCCGUUCCAUUUCCCUUUGGAUGUGUAGGCAGACAAGACCCUUUCACUAUUCUUCUAGCAUCUGGAUUGGUAUGGUUCUUAAACAGAUGAAAAAUGUGUGAGCACCCACAUUAUGAUUUCACCUAACGAUGAAAACUGGAAAAAUAAUUGCUGUAGCUCUGUCUGCCCCUGAAAGGGAUAGACAUACUGCAUGGUGGGCAGCAGUAAAAUAAAGUCUAGCUGCCACUCACACUAGAAAUGCUAUUUUUUUUUUUCAAUUAAGAAGCCAUUCCUGUUCUUGCAGUGCAGAGACGACUCAGCUCUGUGCCAUUUGAUGGCACACUGCAGUGAUGUGUUUCUAAAUUAACAGGAGAGAAAAAGUAAAUGGGUUUCUGUCCUCCGUUUAGGUUUUGGGAAAGACUCAGUUCCUAAGGUUUCACUUUUUUUUUUUUUUUUUUUUUUUUUGAAA